AUGGAACGAACUUUCAGCAUCACAAUACUCCUGCUGUUAUUGGUUCAUACGUUUGACUUGGUAUUACUCCAAAAUGCAACGGCUCCUCCAAACCACACAUUUGAUCCAAGUUGGUUGCGUGAGCAAAACCUCCUUGCUGAAGAGGGAGGAGAAAAUGGACAGGAAGGUGACGUGUCUGGUAUGGAAACAAGCAAUGACUUAAACACCUUCUUACAUAACGAAGAUGAUAACGUGGACAGUCGAGAGAAGAGUGAAAAUAAAACGGCAGAGGAUCCGCAGGUUGCCAUAACUACCAAGCCUCCCACAUCUCCAAAUGCCACAACAGUGCAACUUGAACUGUCAGAUGGGAAGACCAACAUUACAAACACAGAAUCAAAACAAAACAAUAUCACCCAAAAUGGGAAAGAGUUUAUCAAUUCAACAACACUUCCAGCAACCCCAGAUCUUGGUCUGUUGGAUCAAAACUCGACCAUAUCCCCUGAUCCUUCCAAUGACAAACAUUCAGACAACAGCACCACCUCGGCACCAUGGAUCCUUAACUCAAAUGAGAACACAACAACAGCAGCAGCAGCAGCAGCAAUACCAGCAACAGCAAACACAACAUCACCAUCACGGAAUAAUACAGAGUCAACCAAUGUAACAGAAUUAAACGACAUAACUAUUGGGACAACAGCAGCAGCAGCAACAGAUUUUAGCACAACAGCUCCAAAAUCCUCAUCACCAAACCUGUUAUCUCCUGAAACCACCAGUGUGGCAACUAUGGCUCCUGAAACACCUGCAGGCAACUUGACAGAUAAACAGGCAUCCUCAGGGAGCAGCUCAGAGAGAGGUUUGACAUCUGAGACCAGCAGGAACAAACGGAAUGAAGCAUGGGGGGCUGUAUUGGGAACGGCUAUGGUAGUGUCCAUUGUAGGACUGGCGACAUACAUCAUCUUGAAAAGGAGACACAUGAAAGGUUUCUCACACAGGAAACUUGUUGAGGUUUUCCCCUCUGACCCAGUUCUCCGACUGGACAACAGUGAACCCUUGGAUCUAAACUUUGGUCAUUCGGCUCACUACAACCUUGGAGUAAGAGAUGACGACAUUCAAAUGUCCAACAUUUCAGGGCGGCAAACAAAGUGA